UCCUCCGACUGGCUUCCCCUGGGUUCCCGGGAAGGGGAAGUGCUGUCCCCAUCUCGGCAGCUCGGGCAAACAGAUCCCGCCUUCGCCCGGGCUCGUUAAUGAUUGAAUGCUGCGCGGCGGCCCCGGGAGCGCAGAGCUGCGCCGGACCCGAGCGAGGCAGCACCCGGCCCUGGCCAUGGCUGUGAAUGAGACCAGUGACUAUCUUCCAACGAACAGAGUACUGGAAAAGUAUUAUCUCUCCACCAUGUACAGCCUUGAGUUCAUUAUAGGUGUCAUUGGGAACACCAUUGUGGUGUUCGGUUACGUUUUCUGCCUGAAAAAAUGGAAAAGCGGCAACAUCUACCUGUUCAAUUUAUCCAUAUCAGAUUUGCUGUUUCUGUGCACUCUGCCAAUACUGGUGAACAGCUACUCCAAAGAUCAGUGGGCAAAGGAGAGCAUCCUGUGCCACAGCAACAGAUUCCUGCUGCAUGCCAACCUGUACAGCAGCAUCCUCUUCCUCACCGUUAUCAGCGUUGACCGGUACAUGCUCAUGAGACACCCCUUCAGGGACCACAUCCUACAGAAGAGGAGAACAGCUGUUAUGGUGUCCGUUGCCAUAUGGAUUGGGGUGAUCCUGGAGCUGCUGCCACUGCUGUAUUUCCUGGAGCCUCUAACAGCUGCCAAUAACUACAAGUGCCUUGAUUACGCGAGCUCCGGAGACCCCGAGGCGAACCUGGUCUACAGCAUGUUCCUGACUGUCUUUGGCUUCCUCAUCCCUCUCCUGACCAUGUGCUGCUUCUACGUGAAGAUGGUUCGCUUCCUCCAAAACAGGAGCGAGCAGAUCCGCUCUGCCCUGACCCUGGAGAAGCCCCUGGCGCUGGUGAUCCUCACCGUGGUGAUCUUCUCCCUGCUCUUCACUCCCUACCACGUCAUGCGCAACGUCCGGAUCGCGUCCCGAAUACCGGCCUUGAACGUCUCCGAGUGCACGCGGGGCAUCAUCAGCACCAUCUACAUCAUCACCAGGCCCUUUGCCUUCCUCAAUAGUGCCAUCAACCCCGUGUUUUAUUUCCUGAUGGGUGACCACUUCAGGGAGAUGCUGAUGGCCAAAACAAGGCAGCUCCUGGGCAGGCUGGCAACCACUGGGAAGUGAAGGAGUAAGCAGACCCCUUGUAGUGGGAGAGGUCUGGGAGGAAACUCUCUCAGGGAGAGCAUUCAGCAAUGUGCCAUUUUUUUAGAUAACUUUAUUUAUGCAAUAGAAUAGGUAUGAGCUGGUUGUGUUCCUCUAAAUGCACCUGUUACCUUACUGUACAGGAGACUUGUGCUGAGCUGCCUCCAGCAGACAAGGAGGGCUGCUCUGCUGGCUCCCAGCAGGACAGCAGUGGGAUACCCUACAGCCCGUUAAUACUGUCAUCAAAAGGCCAUCAAGUGAGCUCUCUGAGGGAAAACACACUGCUCUCAGACAGCUGCUGUGUGAGCGUAACGUGGGCCUGGGCUGGGACAAAACGUGCCUUCAUGCGUCACCAGGACAGCCAGGCACGCUCACACGGGCACCCACACAGCCUCUUAUCAGGCUAUGAGCUACCUGGCUUCAGUAGAACUGUCUGUAAACGCCCGUGGAAUCUAUAGCCUGAAGCAGAAUUUAGACCUCAGAGUUCAAACUUCAUUAGCAGUUCUGCUAAUGAGCCAGGAGCUAAUGAGGAGCCGGUCCCUGCCUGAUCCUGCAGGAUCGAUCAGCAGCACAAGUUACUCUCCAAAGGACUGCCCUGACUUCAAGCAGACAGGGGAAAGAUCGAUGGAGCACCGAGCUCCCGUGGGCUUGGGCAGGCCCAGGGCUGCAGGGUGUGGGCAGCCCCCUCCCCUGGCUGCACCAGGGCCCAGCCCCAGGGACCCCCGGCACAGGGAACGGGUCAGGCCUCACCCAGCUCACCUGGGCUCUGCCCUCGAUGUGUCAGUCACCUGCAAUGUGCUCUGCUGGGCUGGUGGCAGCAGCCCCGGAGAAUAAACUGCUUAAACAACCAGGAGAAGUCUGCUCUGUGUUGUUUGACUUUAUUUGCUGAUCUCUGGGGUGUCCACGAAGCCCCAGCAGCUGCCUUGGUCCGUGCCACAUGGUCCUGUGCCCUGACACAGUGUUCUCAAAGCAGGGU